AUGGAUUCAAUUAAACCUUGCCCACCUCCAACAGAAAGCAAGAUUUCCAAAACAUUCCAGAAAAUUUUUAGCCUGAAAAAAUCUGCAAGAAAUCCUUCAAACCCUGGAUUUUGCUUACUCAUACCUCAAGAAAAACUCAGAUGCUGUGAAUCUGAAAAUUUUGAGAAAGAUUUCAAGGAAGAAGUUGAAGAUUCUAAAAACAGAGCCGCCAUGGAAGCUUUUGUUGCCAAGCUUUUUGCUACAGUUUCUGCAGUCAAAGCAGCUUACGCUGAGCUCCAAAUGGCCCAGUUUCCGUAUAAUAAUGAAGCCAUACGAUCUGCAGAUCAAGCUGUUGUUGAUGAGUUAAAAGCACUUUCAGAGCUUAAACACAAUUUCGUGAAGAAAAAAAUUGAUUCUUCACCACCCCAUGUGACACUCAUGCUUGCAGAAAUUCAAGAACAGCAGUCUCUUACGAAGACAUACGAGAUUACAAUGAAGAAGAUGCAGGGUGAAAUCGAAAACAAGGAGGCCCAAAUCUCUGUUUUCCAGCAAGAACUGCAAGACAUCACUGAAAAAAACAAGUCUGUUGAGAAAAUGCUCAAUGCAAGUGGAUCUUUUUCGAUUCUUGACAACGUUAAGUUCUCUGAUGUUAAUCCCAAAGAUUUUGUUACUGUCUUGCACUAUGCAUUGAGAUCUGUACGCAAUUUUGUCAAGUUCUUGAUUAGAGAAAUGGAGGCUGCGAAUUGGGAUGUUGAAGCAGCAGCGAAUGCAAUACAGCCUGAAGUUGCUUUCAACAAAAGGGAUCAUAAUCAUAAAGGUUUCGCCUUCGAAUCAUUUGCGUGCAAAGAAAUUUUCAGUGGGUUCAAUUAUCCAUAUUUUUCAGUAAAAAAUGAUCAACCAUUGCCCGAAUCUGAUGAUCAACGGAGAGUUUUCUUCUUUGAGCAGUUCAAGAAGUUGAAAUCAACCAGUGUUAUUCAUUUCCUCAAGAACAAUCCACAUUCUCUGUUUGGGAAAUUCUUGAAAUGCAAGUACCUUCAAAUGGUACAUCCAAAAAUGGAAUUCUCAUUUUCCGGGAAUUUGAACCAGAGAAAAAUGGUGAAUUCCGGUGAGUACCCCGAAACUGAGUUCUUCAAAGGAUUUGCAGAAAUGGGAAGAAGAAUCUGGCUUUUACACUGCUUGGCAUUCUCAUUUAAUCAGGAAGUGAGCAUAUUUCAGGUUAAAAAGAACUCCAGAUUUUCUGAAGUGUACAUGGAAAGUGUCACUGAUGACAUUUUCGCCGCCGGAGAUGGUGAUUUUCGGGUGGCAUUCACAGUGGUUCCGGGUUUUAAGGUCGGUCAAAUGGUGGUCCAAAGCCAGGUAUAUUUAUUCCCGGCUAAAGUUUAA